UAAAGCGAAGUAGUUCGUGUUUACUAAAUUAUAAGCUGAUAUAUUCCGCAUUGUCUGAUACUGUGCUUUAAACUUGUUUCUUUCGCAGAGAUAUUUCAUUGAAAGAGGGAACUUGGCUGUGAACACACAUUGAACAUUCGUAAUUCUUCGUGUCUGAAGCAGCCGCGCAUUUAUACACUCAGCAUCAACAUCCUGAAUUUCGGCCUGAAUUUCCUGACAUCGGUGAGAGUGUGAAAUUACUGUGAAGAAUAUCCAAGAUGGCUGACCAAUUAACUGAAGAACAGAUUGCAGAAUUCAAGGAGGCUUUCAGCUUGUUCGACAAAGAUGGCGAUGGCACUAUCACCACAAAGGAAUUGGGAACAGUCAUGAGGUCUUUAGGUCAAAAUCCGACGGAGGCAGAACUUCAAGACAUGAUCAACGAAGUUGAUGCUGAUGGAAAUGGUACAAUAGAUUUCCCUGAGUUUUUGACAAUGAUGGCACGAAAAAUGAAGGACACUGAUUCAGAAGAGGAAAUUCGUGAAGCAUUCCGUGUGUUCGACAAAGAUGGCAACGGUUUUAUCAGUGCAGCAGAGUUGCGCCAUGUGAUGACCAACCUUGGUGAAAAGCUUACAGAUGAAGAAGUAGAUGAAAUGAUUCGAGAAGCAGACAUUGAUGGCGAUGGUCAAGUAAACUAUGAAGAAUUCGUAACCAUGAUGACCUCCAAGUAACUUCCCCAUCAUUUUUCCUGUUUCUGUGUGGUACAAAAAAGGCCCUGGGCUGACCGUGAACAUGUUCUCCUGUGAAAAGCGCUCUACCUACAGCAAGAUAAAGAGGAAUAAUGCACUUUGAGAAGAAAUGCAGGAGCAUUUUUGCAGUUACAAGUCCUUGUGUUGUAACGUGAACAUCUUUUUUUGUGCAAGUAAACAAUACCUUUUUCUCGAUUUUGUACUUGAUCUUUGACUUGCAACUUAAUACUUUAUUGAGAGAUAUUCAAAGAGGAGGACUACAUGUGUGACGUCUGUGCAUUUUAUGUUAUGGAGAAUGAACGGAUUUUAAUGAUGCUCAUAUAAUAUGUUUAUGUUUUGUGAUAAUUAUAUUGUAUUAAUUAUUUGUACAAUUAGCAUUCCACUUCGUCCUCAAUUAUUGAGAAGACAUUGAUUAAGCAUAACCUAACAUGUAUCAUUUAGAUUAAUUUUUGCAAUAUGUUAACAAAAAAAGUAUUUUGACAAUUAUAAGUUAUAAUUUUAGUAUAUUGAUGUAACGUUUACACCACAUAACGGUAAUUUCGUUUCAAGAAAUACUAACUUUGACUGGGAUAAUUGAUAGCGCUUUGAGGGAAUGUUUUGAACUUACUUUCAUUAAUGUCGAACGUAUUAAUAAAUUAAAAACCUUCGUAUUGGAAACCAACUGUUAACUCCUGUGCACCAUAAUGUUUUCACUAAGAAUGAGAAUAUCGAACAUGAUCGUACAUUGGAUUGUAUAAAUAGUACACCAUAUUUUUGUUGCAGUCUGUUGUGUUUGUAGAGUGUACCAAUGCAUCAUUACCUCCAUUCUCCAGUGUGCCGUCUGCUUGAUGUUCCGUUCACACUGUACAGUCAUAUUUUAACAUAAGCUUCUUGCAUGUAGCAAACAUAACACCAUUACAACAUUGUGUUGGAAUCCUUGCAUUGUUUACAAAAUCAUCUGUUCAUCGACAUUUUCUAUUUCCUGUCAAUUUUUUUAUUGUUCUGGAUGUAUAAAUUUGCUUUGAUAAAAGAUCUGGUAAACUUCA